UCCCGACCGAUCUCCUCCACACCCAAGGGCUGGACCUAACAUCCAGAAUCUCCCGAUAUUGAGUCGAUGAGGUAGCAGAAUUUUUUUUCUUUCUAGAUUCUACGCGCGGACAUUACGGCCAGGGCUGGGCCUCGUCGCGAGCCCGACGUCGCAAUGCUCUCCGCCUUCACGGCCCGGCCCAUCAUUGAGCUCCGGCCCAAGGACAAAUUCAAGAUUGAGAGCAUACAAACACAUAGUGAUCGCAUCUUUGUCGGCCUCAGCACGGGCAACCUGAAAAUCUACCGCCUCACUAACGUCACGAAUGGCAACGGUAAUGGAAAUGGCAACGGCAACGGCGCAGCGACAGCCCCGACACAGCCUCCAACGAAACCAACCGAACUCCUCCGUGAGGUGGAAAAGUUCUCCACGCGCGCCAUAGAGCAGCUCGCCAUCAUCAAAGAAGCCAACACGCUCGUGUCGCUAUCCAACUACGCCGUAUCCCUCCAUGACCUCAAUAACUUCCGUCCGAUCGAGGCGCCGCUAGCCAAGACCAAGAACGCCACUUGUUUCGCCGUGACCAGCAAUGUCGUCGAGGACCCCCAGACCGGCAUCCCCGAGUUUAUCUCUCGACUUGCCGUCGCCGUCAAGCGCCGCCUGCUACUGUACAGCUGGCACACCUCGGAGCUCAGCGGCAAUGUCGAAGAGGUCGUACUGCCCGAGGCCAUCCGUACUCUGACUUGGUCGUCCGCAACCAACAUCAUCGUCGGAAUGAAUUCUGGUUACGCCCUAGUAGAUGUCAUCACCAAGGAGACAACCGAGAUCAUAGCUGGCGGCGGUCAGGGUGAACCAGGCAGCCGCCUUGGUGCCUACAGCAUGGGAUAUAUGGGGCUCGGCGGCUACAUGCCGAAGCCACUGGCCGCUCGACUGGGUGAGGGCGAGAUGCUUCUUGCCAAGGAUAUCAAUACUGUUUUCGUCACGUCCGAGGGCAAGGUGUUGGAGCACAAGCGUCAGGUGCCAUGGCAGAGUGCUCCCGAGAGCAUUGGGUACAGCUAUCCGUACCUGAUCGCACUGCUGCCGCCAGCCAAGGGGAGCCUGGAGGUGCGAAAUCCAGAUACUCUGAGCCUGCUGCAGACCAUCAACCUUCCGGGUGCGGCAGGACUACACUUCCCACCGCCAAAUGUCAGUCUUGCGCAUGGCGGCAAGGGGUUCCACAUUAGCAGUGACAGGUGUGUGUGGAAGAUGGACGCAACGGACUACGAUACUCAGGUUGAUGAGCUUGUCAAGGCUGGGAGAUAUGAUGAGGCCAUCAGUAUACUGAACAUGCUCGAGGAUGCCUUGUUGAGGAACAAGACAGAGGUCUUGCGUGAGGUCAAAAUGUUGAAAGCAGAAUCGCUUUUCCGGAUGAAGAAGUUCCAACAGAGCAUGGAUCUAUUCAACGAGGAAGAUGUCCAUGCUCCACCUGAAAGAGUCCUACGACUAUUUCCUCCUGUCAUCGCCGGUGAUUUAUCUGGAGUCCCGGCUUCUGAUGAUGGAAAAGCAGCCGAUGAGGAGGAGGAAGUUGAGGCCCAUGAUAGCAGCGAUGGUCAUAAGGAAGAGAAAGACCAAAAGCAAGAGCCGGAACCCGCGACGCCAGCAAAGGCAGCGGGUGGUUUCACAAAUAGAUUAUGGGGACUUGGUCACGGUCUCACGCAUAAGAAACCAGACUCGGAUGCAGCAUCGAUCGCCUCGUCCAAGAAGCCUACAAAAGACGAACAUGCAGAUGAUGACAACAGCAGCAGUAGUGAUAAGGGCAAGUCGUCAAUCGCGGACAGUGGUAUACUGGAGGGCAAAGACCUAAUGGACGCCGUCCUUGAGCUGAAUGGUUAUCUAGCUGGCGCCCGUGCCCGGCUCCAACGUGUUAUCGACCCAACCUCCGGCAAGCUCAAGCCGCGCAACUCGACAGACCCAACAGCAGACAGCCUACUGAGCGGCGAGCACAAGUCUGAAUCGGACGAGCAGCUAGAAAAGGACCUGCAAGCUACUUUCCGGCUGGUUGACACGACCCUCUUCCGGGCUUUCAUGUACUCACGGCCGGCGUUGGCAGGAAGUUUGUUCCGGAUUCCCAACUGUUGCGACCCGGACGUGGUCAACGCCAAACUGUUGGAGCAGAACCGCUACAACGAGCUCGUCGAUUUCUUUUACGGCAAGCGUCUGCACAGACAGGCACUGGAGCUGCUGAAGAAGUUCGGCGACGGCGACGCACCUAGCGAUGUUGCUGCCACCCUCCAUGGACCCGAGCGUACGGUGCGGUACAUUCAAAACCUACCGCCAGAGAUGAUCGACCUCAUCCUCGAGUUCUCGGAGUGGACUUUGCGUGCGGACCCUGAAUUAGGGAUGGAAAUCUUCUUAGCCGAUACAGAAAAUGCCGAGACGCUACCGAGGGACAAGGUAGUGGACUUUUUGGCUGGCAUUGAUGUCGAACUCGAAGUGAGGUAUCUGGAUCACAUUAUCACCGAACUCAACGACAUGACACCCGACUUUCACAACCGGUUGGUCGACAUACUGAUCCGACACCUGAAGACGAAAGAGAGGGGUGAUCAGUGGGAUGAGAUGAUGCAGAGGCUGUUGAGAUUUCUGGAUAGUAGCAGACAAUAUGCUGUUAUGAGAGCUUACACUGCUAUCAAAGACGAUCCUGCGUUUUAUGAGGCACAAAUCAUCGUGCUGAGGCUUAUGGAUCAACACCGUGAAGCCUUGAGGAUUUGCGUCUUCAAGAUGGAGGACUAUGCGAGAGCCGAAGAGUAUUGUAACCGUGUACAUAAACUUGAAUCAGAGGCAGCAGAACCCUCUUCUUCGACGACGACGGUGGACGACCAAGAAAAAAACGAACCUUCAAUCUACCAUACCUUGCUCUCAUUAUACCUCGACCCGCCACGUCAAAUGUCGGACCCAGCACCAUCGCCAAAACUUGGACCGGCGUUGGAACUGCUAUCUAAACAUGGGUCGCGCCUCCCGGCCUCUUCGUCGCUGUCCCUAAUUCCGAAUUCACUGCCCAUCUCGGAGCUCAAGGCGUACUUCCGCGGCCAGAUCCGGUCGGCCAACAGCGUUCUCAACGAAGGCAAGGUGGUGGCCAAGCUGCGCGAAACUGCCAUGGUCGCUGCACAGUCUAAGCUGCUCCUCGGCGAGGAUGGGACCGGUGGGCGUAACCGGCGGGUGGUGGUUUCGGAGGAGAGGGUCUGCGGGACAUGUCACAAGCGACUUGGUGGAAGUGUCGUCGCGGUCAUGCCGGACAAUGCUGUCGUGCACUAUGGCUGCCUGGGUAGGGCGGCGAGUGGUUCAAGCAUGGGGAGUGGCUUCGGUGGUAGAGAUGCCAGAGGACCGAGCUGGGGGCGCGUUGGUGGGCACUGAGGUUUUAUUGGAUGUUGAAGGUUGACAGUCUUGGUUCCAGUUUGUCGAUCUUGAUACCAUUCCCAUGUCGUGUGUCAUUGUGUUAUUUAUUUGGCGGUUUUGUUAACAGCAUAGCGUCCGGUCUGUUGGCAUCUUUUCCACUAGGGUCAUAAUCAUCCAUAUUUCGUGCCAAUUCGUAUAGUAAUAUUCUUUUUUCUUGGUUGGCUUUCUUUCAGGCGCUCCCCAUCAAGCAUCUUCAUUCACAACCUCUUCUCCGUAGUUCUGUUCCUCCUCGGCCUCAUUGACAGUGGCAGCAGCAGCAGUGCCGGCCUCGCGCGCCUUGUCGGCCUCCAUGCGCUGUGUAAGUUCCUUGUUGACUUGGUCCUGAACCGCAGCGACAGAUGUCCGCAGAUCUUUGAGGAAAUUGGUCUUGUCUGCCAAGCUCAUCGUCUCAAUACCGGGAGUCUGAGAUGAUGCAGCGGGGAUGGGGAUUUCCCUGUUGACGACGAAGCUGUCAUCCGAGGGGCCCUUGUAGCUGGCGGACACUGUCGCUACCCCCUGGCUAUUAUCGGUAGUGAUGUUAUCAGCCAUUGUUUUUUUUUUUUUUUUUUUUUGGAUUUGGUUUGUUUUGUGAACCUAUCCCGUCCCUGCUGCUUGUAAUUGUUUCGUGACACAAAA